UCCAAUUAUGUCUCAGCACGAGCGAAUUUAUUGCGACGAAGAACUGCGUCGCUCUCACCUUGACAUGUCGCAAAUGUGACCAUUCCGGAUUGCAAUGAUCAAUUUCCUCCAGUUUUCCUUAAAUAACUAUAGUAUAUAGGAAUUCAAUAGAAGUUUUUUAUUAUUUCUGGCGUGAAUUCUAAAUCACAUCGGAAUUUAAGUGUGAUAAUAAUUUCGACGCUCCUGUUUUGAUUGCGUUUAUUCUUUACCGGUUGACAAUAUUGGCACCGGUCCAAACUUCAGCUUAAUGAAUAUUUAAUCACGUCGUGUAGGCAUAAUGUAUGAGCGCAGUGCAACCCGACGUAUGCAUACUUUACUAGUUUGGAGGUUUGAACGGAGGCUGCGCACGCGCUUUUGAUCCAAGCACCGGCUAGAGACGCCGGCAGUCGCGCGGGAAACUUCGCGGCAGGCGGUCGAGCGAUCGGCCCGUGAGCAUCUCUGUGAAAUCUAUCUCUCGAUCAUAUUUACGAUACCUAACAUCGCGGCAUCGGCAUCGCUUCGUACAAUACCGUGUACCGUGAAUAAACUGUGCUCGUAAAGUUCAUGAACUGAUGUGAAUUUGACAUUUUAAUUAUGUCUGGCUAAAAGAUUCUUUUGAAAUAACAGUGAAAAUCAACCCUGUCCAAAUGAAGAUGACUGUGAAUCGUAUAAGGGUGGUGGUGUUAGGGAGUCCGCGGAGCGGCAAAUCUGCGGUGGUUGUGCGUUAUCUAACAAAGCGGUACAUCGGAGAAUAUAGCUCGACAGGAGAUUUCCUUUAUCAACACAGAGUGGCUUUCGACGGUGCCGUUUCAGAAGUUGAAAUACUAGAUACAUCUAAUUGCGCGAUCCGCGGCUGCCUAGCGGAGCACGUGCGAUGGGGCGACGCCUUCGCUGUGGUCUACUCGGUGUGCGAGCGACGUUCGUUCCUCGCCGCGGCCGAACUACUGUCGUUGUUGGAGCGCACGAGACUGCCCGGCUGUGCCGCCGUCACCCUCUUGGGGAACAAACGUGACCUCGAACACGCCAGGGAGGUCCACGCAGAGGAGGGUCAGGAACUGUCACUGAGAUUCGGUUGUCAGUUCUACGAGGUGUCGGCGGCGGAGUCGUGCGCGGGCGCAGCGCUCGCGUUCCACGCACUGCUGCGGGAGGCGCGCGCGCUUGCGCUCUUGUUACCUGCGCCGAGACGUAAACUAGCAGCGUAUUCCGUUUCUAAGGUCAUUGGCACAAUAUUCGGGAAAAACAGCAAGAGUGUCAGAAAGAAACGGCCAUCGCUCAGCAUUUAAUUAUUAAUCUAUUCUAUAACUUACAUUAUAAAUCUCUCAGACUGGUUUGUACAUAAUUAAUUUAAAUUUAGUUUUAAUGAUAUGUUAGUUAUUAUAGUAACAAUGCUAUUAGAUAUAUGAAUAUUACAAUUUGUACAUAAUUAAAACAUUGUAGCUGCCAUUUUGGACAUCAGUUUAUCCACAAACUCGUGUUGAAUAAAUGUUUAGAUUCGAAGUAUGGACUUAAAAUUAAAGGAAAUAUAUUUUAAACGCUUGUUCAACGCGCCCACCUUGUGUGUGAACUGGUUAUUGAAAUAAAUGUCUUCAGCCAUAAACCUACUAUAUAAAAAGAUUUGAUAUUUGUACAUAAAUUCAGAUGAUUAUAAAUAGGUAUACACCUCGCACUAGAAUUAAAAUGAGUUAAAAGAACAAUGUACAUAAAUUGUGGAUGAAAACAGUUCUCGUACCUUUGUGUAAGGUCAACAGUUAUCUCAUUAUAAUAAAACUUUAUACUGAA